CCCUAAUAUUUGCAAAUUUGUCUUCACUGAGAAAAACAAAUCACCUCAGAUGGCAACUAGAGGAUUAUGGGACCUGAACCAAAGGAUGUCCACAAUGUAUAUUAAUGAACUGGCUGACGAUUUUAACAAACUAUAUGAAACUAAGGAAGAUUAUGAUGCGAUUAUCAUCGUUGGAAAAGAACCAAAUGUUAAAGAAUUUAAAGUUCAUUCUUUAAUUCUCCGUACUAGGUCAUCUUAUUUUCAUAGUGCAUUUUCUUCUAAUUGGGCUGAAAGAAAUAAUAACGGUCUUUUAAUUUUUAAAAAGCCUAAUAUUAGUGCAUUAGUCUUCGAAGUUAUCCUUAAAUAUCUUUAUUGCGGAAUAAUGGACUUUCAAAGCCAAAAAAGUGAAAUAAUCUUAGAACUUCUAAUCGCAGCAGAUGAACUUGGAAUUCAACGACUUAUUAAUUCUGUCCAAGAAUUUUUAAUUCAAAAUUGUUAUAAUUUCUUACAAUCAGACCCUAUUAAAAUGCUUGAUCUUGUUACUUGUCAUAAUGCAUUCGAUAAACUUAAAAAUAUUUAUUUAGAAAUCUUUAAUAGAAAUUACAAAGACUUUUUACGGCAAAAUCCUAUUAAAAUACUUCAUUUUAUUAUCAAUCAUGACACAUUUAAAGAACUUAGAAAAGAUUCUUUAGAGACUAUUUUUCCAGGUGCCAUAUCGCACUACCACACAUUUCCAAUUAGAGAGGGCAACAUCAACAUUAAAAUCUACUCAGCUAUAAUUAAUAAAAGAAUUGCACUAUUAUUUACAAAAUGGAUAAAUAAAAAAACUAUGGAUAAUGGGAGUUCAAAGGAAAUUCGAUAUAAUUUUAAUCUUCUUUUUCAAAGCAGCGUAGAUGGCUUUUCAUCCCAAAUGUUUCAUUAUAAAUGUAAUAAUAAAGGUGCAACAAUUGUUGUAGCGAAAAUUUCAAAUUCAAAUAUACUGAUUGGUGGUUAUAAUCCACUUGACUGGAAUGGAAAUGGUUAUAUAAAUACGGCAGAUAGUUUCAUAUUUUCAAUUUCAUUAAAUGAUCUUAAUGAUCCUAUAAAUACAAGAUUUGGUUACGUUACUAAUAGUAAUUAUGCAGUUUAUUGCCAUAAUAACUGCGGUCCAACUUUUGGAGGUGGUGCAACAUUUGGAGGCAAUUCACCUUUUGGAGGUGGUGCAACAUUUGGAGGCAAUUCACCUUUUGGAGGUGGUGCAACAUUUGGAGGAGGCAAUUCAACUUUUGGUGGUGGUAGAAUUUUUGGAGAUGGUACAACCUUUGGUGGUCCAACCUUAGGAGGCGGUCCAACUUUCGGAGGUGGCAAAAUCUUCAAAGGUGGUCCAACUUUCGGAGAUAGUCCAGCUUUUGGAGGUGGUCCAACAUUCGGAGGUGGUCCAGCUUUCGGAGGUGGUCCAACUUUUGGAGGUCGUGCAACUUUUGGAGGUGGUGCAACUUUUGGAGGUCGUGCAACUUUUGGAGGUGGUGCAACUUUUGGAGGUGGUGCAACUUUUGGAUGUUACGGUUUUCAAACUCCCGGAGGUACUGGAAGUAGUCAAACUUUGGAAGUUAGUCACGAUUUAUACGUUCCAAGUAACGGUAAUGUUUGGAAAUUUAAUGUACACUCCUACCCUAACAUUGUGAUCCAAAAUUCAUUUACGACCUCAGAUUCAUUUGAAAUCUCAGAUUAUGAAGUGUUUCAAGUAGUUAAGGAUUAG